AUGCUUUAUUUAAUUAAAUUACUAAUACCGCUUCUACUAUUGACGACUUUUAUACCAAAUACAACGCAAACACAACUGACGGUUGCGCCAACAGCUGAUGUUACGACUCAGAAAUGCGACGACAGCUUUGGAUUGCAACGUAAUGUACUUGAGCGGCGCUUUUCGACCAAGACACCGUAUCGUGCUAUUGCAAAUUAUAAUGACACAUCGCCUAUAUAUAAUGGUUGCCACCCGACACGGAUUUGGUCGAUCAUAAGGCAUGGCACUCGCAACCCCAGCAAAUCCGUUAUUUUGCAUGCCAAGACGCGACUGGUUGAAUUGCAGUCGCUGAUUUUGCAGCAAAUGAAACCGCCAGCACAUUUAUGUGCAGAUGAUCUGAAGCAAUUGCGGCGCUGGAAUUGGGAUCAUAUCGAACCAGAUGAUGAGAAAUUGCUGGUGGCCGAAGGCGAAGAUGAACUAAUUGAGCUUGCGGAACGCAUGCAAUUGCGUUUCCCGAAAUUGUUGCCAGAUCUCUAUAAUCCAGAAUGGUAUUAUAUGAAAUAUACGGCCACACAACGUACGCUGAAGAGUGCCCAAAGUUUUGCCACCGGUUUGUUUGGCCGCCAUCGCAUACAUGCUAUUACCUAUCCGCAACCGCUGAAACGCGAUCCUGUGCUGCGGUUUUAUAAACUCUGCAGCCGCUGGAAAACGGACGUCGAUAAGAAUCCUGAAACAAUGUUUAAUGCACGUAGCUUUUAUGCGGAGCCAGCGAUGCAGUCAGCAGUGGAGCAAGUGCGUUCGAGCACACAGUUAUCGGACGAGUUAACCGACGAGGACGUUCAACUGAUGUACACGGUGUGCGCCUUUGAGACGGCCUGGCAACGCCAUAAAUCGCCAUCCGUCUGGUGUCGCUUCUUCGAUGUGCACUCGCUGAGCGCCUUGGAGUUCGCCGAGGAUCUCGAGUAUUAUUGGAACGAUGGCUACGGCUACGAUUUGACCCAUCGCAUUGCCUGUCCGGCAAUCGCCGAUAUGUUUGCGACCAUCGAUACGCCAGGUGAUCGCGCCAAUGCCACAUUCUAUUUUACGCACUCGGGCACACUGCUCAAGAUGUUGGCCCAUCUGGGUGUGGCCCGUGAUGAGAGACCGCUGACGCACAAGGAUUUUGGCAAAGAUCGUCUGUGGCGUACGAGUGAAAUCGAUGCGUUCGCAACCAAUUUGGCCUUUGUGCGCUACGAUUGCAUUGAAAAAGAGCCGCAAGUGCUGGUGAUGCAUCAGGAGCGUGUGGUACGCCUUCCCGGCUGUCCGCAGGAUGACGAUCUUUGUCCGCUGUCGACGCUGCGACGCAACUAUGCGGAUAGCGUGGAGCGCUGUGACUUUGAAGCGCUCUGCCAAGCAGCCAACUAAGAGACAGACAGCGAGAGAGAGAGAGAGAGAACGAGCACAAGCGAAAGAGAGAGACAGAGAGGAACUAGUGGAGUGCAAGAGAGAGAGAGAGAGAGACAAGGGAAUGGAAUUGGAUGGAAGUUGAUUGUGGAACAAUUAUUGCUGCUGCUGCUGCUGCUACUGCUGACGGAUGCUGAUGAUGAUGAUGAUAAUAUUUAUGAUAAUGAUGGUGCUGCUGCUGCUGCUCCGCUACUGCAAAACUAUGUGAAAUUUAACAUGACCAGAGGGAUUCGUCGCAAUUUUGUGAAAUUUGAAAUGAUGUCGAGCAAACUGAAAAGUCGAUAUCGACAUCGAAAGACAGGUUGAGAGUUGAAGGGAACUAUAGAAGAGAAAGAGAGAGAGGGGCAAGAGAUAACGAUGCUGGAUAUAGGAAUAGGGAUAGAGAAUAGCGUUAAGUGUAUUACAAAGAAAAAGAAGCAAAAACAAAAACAAACCAGAGAACAAGAGAGUGAAUGAUAGAGAGAUAAUUUUUAAUGUUAAAAAAAAAGAAAUCGAAAUUAGAGAAAUCAAAAGUUAAGAUUGGAGUCAACAAAAAAAAGAAGAAAUGUACGUGUUUUGUAUGCCUUAUAAUCAAUGUGGACCAUCCAAAUCCAGAACGAAAACAGCUGAAUACAGAAACGAAAAAGACAGAGAGAGAGAGAGAGAGAGAGCACAAGUAAUGGAAUUAGAGCGAGAGCAAGAGCGAGCAGAGAGAGAGAGACAGUGAGAGAGUGAGUGAGGAAUUGAGAGAUUCUAACCCGAGAAUUGUCUAUUAUGCCUAUAUCUAUAUAUACACACACUUAUAGAACCAUAUAUAAUAACGAUUUGUACUUCUUGAACUCUGCUAAACAUAUUUCAAUUUUUUUUUUUGUUUUGUUUUUUAUUAUUACAACAAUAUUCUUUAUUUGUGUUUUGUAUGCUACCUUUUUCGACACACACACACACACACAACGAUAAUAACGAUCUAUAUCUAUCGGAACUAUAUACCAAUCUACAUACAUAAAGUAUACAUGAAAGCGAAGCCCUUGUACAUACCUAACUAUAUAUGUAUAUAUAUGUAUAUCGGAAACAAACACACACACAUAUAUAUAUAUAAUUAAUAAAUAAGAUUAAGAAAAAAAAGAAAACGAAAAACAAAAAAAAAACAGUUGAAUACACGAAAGCGAAACUAGAUUUUGUGUUAGUCUUUAAGCCUACUAUGUAUGUGAUUUUGUUUUGUUAGUUCAUACAUACGAUAACUAUAUAUUUUUUUUUUGUUUGCGCUCGUUUAUCAAUUGAUUAAGCAAAAGCAUAACGAUGUGUUUAAUAAAGAAUAACUGAAUUGCAAUUACAAUUGUGAAGACGCAUCAAACAAAAAGUCGAGUCAUAGUUAAGCUGCUCCUUUUCCCUCCCCCACAAAUAGCAACAAUUACACGCAUAUAUAUAUAUAUAUCCAUACUAUAUAUAUCUUAACUAUAUUCACUUCUAUGUUAUACUUAUUAUUAUCACAACUACAACACGAAAUAUUCUAACAAAGACUUGAAUUUCGAACCCUUUAAAUUUGUUUUAAAAUAAAAGGAAAAAACCUAAAAAAAAA